UUCGCGGAUCCGGAAGCAGGAAGUAGUUGGUGUUCUCCGGACCAGGGACCUGCCUGGCUGGGGGAGCUCGGAGGCUGGUGGCACCCAGAGGCCUCAAGCUGAGAUGGACUUGGCGGAAGACCUGGAGAAAGAGCUGGAGACCACAGCCCAGGAAGUGCUGGGGAAACUGAGGAGCCAUGAGCUGUUCCAGUCCAACUGGGACACUGCUGCCUUCAUCAUCUUCCUCAUUUUCCUCGGCACCGUGCUGCUCCUGAUGCUGCUCGUUUGUACCCACUGCUGCUGCCACAGCUCCUGCAGUCGCCGCGCCUCCAGACCCCAGAAGGUGAGCCCCGAGCAGGAACACCCCAGGGGAGUGGAUAACUUGGCCCUGGAACCUUAACACGGCGAGCCCACCAGCCCCCCCCCGCCUGUGUCCUGCUGGGCAACAGUAACAAAGCCUUGUUUGCCCAGA